GGCGGCCCGCAGGACUUGAUUAGGGAGAUCAUAGUACAAAAGAAAACUGAGGAAUUACAUAAAAGUUCUUACCCUGAACUCCAUUAUCACCCUCUGGCUUUGCCUAAGGCCAGGGGCAACGUGGGGCUUGACCCUCAGAUGUUUGAGAUGCUUGUAACCACUUAUGCCCUGCUUAAUGCUUCAAAUUCCUCCUAUGCUCAGGGCUGUUGGCUUUGUGUGCGACAGACGUACCCCAUCCCCCUUGCUGUACCUUACAACAACUAUUCUUCAUUUCCCUCAGAUUACCAUUCGGAAAACAGGUCUUGCUUACCGAUUUCCCCCCUGCAGUUUCAGCCUGUACAGUUCUCUGGCUUCCCCUGUGUCUAUUCCCCCUCCAUCAAUAACACUGAUGAGGUAGACGUUGGUAUGGCCAGCUUUGCCAACUGCAGUGAAGUGCUUAAUGCUACGGGUCCUUUAUGUGCUCCAAAUGGUACAGUUUUUGUCUGCGGUAGCAAUAGGGCCUACACUCUAUUGCCUGGGAACUGGACAGGCAGGUGUGCAGUCGCUUACCUUUUUCCAGACAUAGACAUCAUCCCUGGAGACGAACCUGUCCCCGUACCUACCAUGGACCACGUCGUAGGAAGGCCCAAAAGAGCGGUGCAGGUAAUUCCACUGCUUGUAGGCUUAGGAAUAACCACUGCCAUAGCAUCUGGAACUACGGGCCUGGGCAUAUCCAUCACCCAAUACACCAAACUAUCCAGACAGCUAAUCUCAGAUGUUCAGAUCCUAUCAGACACUAUCCAGGACCUACAAGACCAGGUGGACUCCUUGGCUGAGGUAGUGCUACAAAAUAGAAGGGGCUUAGACCUACUUACAGCAGAGCAGGGAGGCAUCUGUUUGACUUUACAGGAGAAAUGUUGCUUCUAUGCAAACAAAUCAGGAAUCGUCAGAGACAAGAUUAAACAACUACAAGACGACCUAGAACGGCGAAGAAAGGAGAUGGCGGCCAACGCGUUCUGGACCGGAUUAAAUGGACUUUUACCCUACCUCUUACAAUUUUUGGGUCCCCUCAUUACCCUGCUGCUCCUCUUUACAGUGGCACCUUUGUUGUUCAAUAAGCUCAUGGCAUUCAUCAAACAACAGAUUGAGGCCAUUCAGGCUAAGCCUAUACAGGUCCAUUAUCAUCGCCUUGAGAUGAACGAACGGGGUAGUUCGUGCUUGUCUUUAAAUAAGAUAUGACACAUUGUCAGCCACCUCCCUGCGAGCUGGACUGGACAGCCAAAGACGGGUAAGAUUGGGUCUAGACCACACCAACCUAAGACAGGUCUUAGUCG